AUGCUGUUCAACUGGCUGGUCGUCAUUCUCUUUCUACAAGCCUAUGAUUACGUAAAUGCCGACUGGGAUGUUUACAACAAGAUGUGUAAAGAAAAAUGCGAGAUCUACGUAUGGGCACAAAAGAUUUUGACUGUUGAUUUACUUAAUAUUAUUAUUAUUAACAUCCUGAAAUUCAUAUUCUCAAUUUUGUGUUCUUAUAUUUUCAUUUCAGGUGGUAAGCUGUGCUCAGAAGCAACCGGUGCACAAACAUUCUACUGUACACUACAAUGCUCACAGAAUUCAAGAAAUGACAGUGAAUACCAAAAAUGCAAAAAAGGUUGUACCGGUGUAAAUCUAAACGAGGAGAAAUGUAGAGGCGAAUGUCGACUGAUUCUUGGCAGUAAAUUUAUCUGUGAUACUGUUUGCAUGGAUGAUAAACCCGCAUCUCUACCUCGCUGCUUAUUUGUAUGCGGCGAACACUACCCUCCUGCAGCAGGCUGUGUUCCACCAGAAAACCCAGAUUCAGAUGGAAGAGAAUGUGAAAAUCCUAAUUUAAUAACAUGUGCACAGUGGUGCUACGACGGGGAUUGGCAACGGGUAUACGCAAAACCUUGA